UUGAAAAAAAACGCCUCCUGAUCCUGUUUCUUCCGGUGCCGUAGCCGUGUGUUCCUGGCGUUUGUUUCUGCUGUGGACUCAGGAGUGCAUCUUGGAGGCUGUUUUCACAUAAAUAAUCAUGUCUCUGGAGGUGGAAUCUGCAGACGUGGUCCGUCUGAUUAUGCAGUACUUAAAAGAGAACAAUCUGCACCGGACACUAGCCACUCUGCAGGAGGAGACGACAGUGUCUCUGAACACAGUGGACAGUAUAGAGAGCUUCGUGGCAGACAUCAACAGCGGCCACUGGGAUACUGUUCUACAAGCCAUCCAGUCCCUCAAGCUGCCAGACAAGACCUUGAUAGACCUUUACGAACAGGUCGUGUUAGAGCUGAUUGAACUGAGAGAGCUGGGUGCAGCUCGUUCACUGCUCAGACAGACCGACCCCAUGAUCAUGCUGAAACAGACCCAGCCAGAGAGAUACAUCCACUUGGAGAACCUGCUGGCUCGCUCCUACUUUGAUCCCAGAGAGGCCUACCCAGAUGGCAGCAGUAAGGAGAAGCGUCGGGCGGCCAUUGCUCAGGCGCUGGCAGGAGAGGUCAGCGUGGUGCCUCCCUCUCGUCUCAUGGCUCUGCUGGGACAGGCUCUGAAGUGGCAGCAGCAUCAGGGUCUCCUGCCUCCUGGUAUGACCAUUGACUUGUUCAGAGGUAAAGCUGCCGUUAAAGAUGUAGAAGAGGAACGCUUUCCCACGCAGCUCAGCAGACACAUCAAGUUUGGACAGAAAUCUCACGUGGAGUGUUCCCGAUUCUCCCCUGAUGGUCAGUAUCUGGUCACUGGCUCUGUGGACGGUUUCAUCGAAGUCUGGAACUUCACAACUGGCAAAAUCAGGAAGGAUCUGAAAUACCAGGCUCAGGAUAACUUCAUGAUGAUGGAUGACGCUGUGUUGUGUAUGGGCUUCAGUCGGGACACAGAGAUGUUGGCCACUGGAGCCCAGGAUGGGAAGGUUAAGGUUUGGAAGAUCCAGAGCGGUCAGUGUUUGAGGAGGUUCGAGCGUGCCCACAGCAAAGGAGUAACAUGUGUCAGCUUCUGCAAGGACAGCAGCCAGCUCCUCAGUGCCUCCUUUGAUCAGACCAUCAGAAUCCAUGGACUUAAGUCAGGUAAAACUCUAAAGGAGUUCCGCGGUCACUCCUCGUUUGUCAACGAGGUCACAUUCACUCCGGACGGCCAUCACAUCAUCAGCGCUUCAUCUGAUGGUACAGUAAAGGUCUGGAACGUGAAGACCACUGAGUGCACCAGCACCUUCAAGCCUCUGGGAACGUCAGCCGGCACUGAUAUCACAGUCAAUAACGUCAUCCUGCUGCCCAAGAACCCGGAGCACUUUGUCGUGUGCAACCGCUCCAACACAGUGGUCAUCAUGAACAUGCAGGGACAGAUCGUGAGGAGUUUCAGCUCCGGUAAGAGGGAAGGUGGUGACUUUGUGUGCUGCACUCUGUCGCCCCGCGGCGAGUGGAUCUACUGCGUGGGUGAAGACUUUGUGCUCUACUGCUUCAGCACAGUCACCGGCAAGCUGGAGAGAACACUGACGGUCCACGAGAAGGAUGUUAUCGGCAUCGCUCACCACCCCCACCAGAACCUCAUCUCCACCUACAGUGAGGAUGGCCUGCUGAAGCUCUGGAAACCUUAAAAA